AUGUCAGCAGACGAUGCGUUACCAGGUCAGAUUAUAGACGAAACCAUCAUGCAGAACGAGACGCUGGCUAAUGUCACUCUUGACAAGCUGGAUGACAGUGUAAAGAACUGGUUGAAUGAUCAGAACACUCAGACCCUCAAUGGAGCGCUGGCCUUUGUGCCCUUCAUCUUGCAGCAGGCGUUCUUUGAAGGGAAUCUCGAUGAGAAGCAAAUCGUCAUUCAUAAAGGGUCUGGCGGUGUUGUCUUCUCAGAUGCAAGUGGCUUCACGGCCCUUACAGAGAAGUUAGCCAAGAAGAGCAACGGCGCCGAGCUGCUCUCUCAGUGCCUGACGGCGUUCUUCACGCCGCUGAUAGACCUCAUCAACGCGUAUCGUGGAGACACCAUCAAGUUCAGUGGAGAUGCGCUGACGAUAUACUUUCCCUCCGUGGAUGACACCAAAACUUCCAGCUUCAACGGCAUUGUGCCACCGCAUGGGAGCUUUGGGCUCGCGGAUCUCGGGCCAAUGGCGACGGCCGUCCUGCGGGCGUCAGCCUGCUGCAUCGAAAUCCACAAGCGGCUGCAUAUGUUUGAAACAGGCGUCGAUGAUGUUCGGCUUUGCUUGCACAUCGGCGUUGGCUGCGGUGAGAUUAGCAUCCUUCAGGUCGGUGGUAUCGUCCCGCCUGAGACUCACAUCCCAAGGAUAGAGUAUUUGAUCUCGGGGGCGCCGCUGGAGCAGAUCUCUAUUGCAGAGCCUCUGGCCAAGAACGGAGAGACGUGUCUCAGCCCUCAGGCGUGGGAGCUUGUUAAGGACUGCGUCAUCGAGGGCCGACCGUUGGAGGACCGCAUGGACUUCCACCUGCUGCUGCGAAUGGAUGAGUCAAAGUAUACUUUUCCGACGAUCAAGUACGCCACGCAGCUCUAUGACACACGCGUUGAGAACUGCUUCAAGCUGGACCAGCUCAACAUCACAAGGCGGUACAUCCCGUCAGCUGUCUUCAAACAGAUCGAGUGCGGCACCCUUCAGUAUGUCAACGAGAUGCGCAACAUCUCCGUCAUCUUCAUCAACGGUUCCGGCUUGGAUGUGAUGUCGUCCACCGGUCCAGCCCAAGCUCAAGAGCUCAUGUCUUCGGUGCAGAAGGUAUGCUACGCGCACGAGGGAACCUUGAACAAGUUCCUCAUUGACGACAAGGGCAUGCUCUUCCUGCUGGUGUUCGGCCUGCCGCCCUUGGUGCACCCUGAUGAUCCUGCGCGAGCUGUUCUUGCCAGCAUGGAGCUGGUCCAGGUCUUCAAGAGGAUGGACCUCAUCGGACGCUUCGGUGUCACCACGGGCCGAAGCUACUGUGGAGUGUGCGGAAGUGCCAAGCGCAUGGAGUACACAGUGCUUGGCGACUGCGUGAACUUGUCAGCGCGGUUGAUGGCGAACGCUCCGCCCUUGGGCGUUCUGACCGACGAGGAGACGAGCAAGCAUUCCACAGGCGAGAUAGACUUCAAACCCCUCGCGCCGAUCAAGGUGAAGGGCAAGACAAACCCCAUCUCAAUCUUUCAGCCGACGCUGAGAGAGGGCGCCGUGGCUGUCGGCAUCACGGCGGAUCGGAAGAUCCGGUUUCCCUGGUACGACAACCUCCUGGAUGGCUCCACCCUGAACUCCAGGGAUGCCAUGGCCACCGCCAAGGGAAAGGUGCAGAGCCUCUGCUCCAUACAGAAGUGGCCGCCAAACAUGAAAGUGGCAGAGAUGCUGGGAAGCCCCUUCAGCAAGGCCUUGCACUCGCCGGAUCAAGUUGUGGGGGCCUCCACGCCAACACCUCGCAUGAAGGCUCCGGCAAACAGCCCCUUCGCCGAGGGAGGCUUGGUCGUGAUUGAGGGAGCGACUGGUCUCGGAAAAAUCGAGCUUGCAGAGCACAUUGCGACUCACUGCGCGUUGCAGUUUCAGACGAUGCCGGUCUUCGGUACGAUGGGCCCACGGCCAGGGGAGUCGACACGCAUGGCGGUGGAGCUGCUGCGGAGCUUGGUCGCGGUCUAUCGCACACAGAAUCCGGCUACUCCGGCCGACGAUGUGCAGGCACUGGCAAAGCUGAUUCCGUCCCAGUAUGCCGGAAGUCUGGACAUGCUCAAGAUCCUGCUUUCAAACCGGACCUUGGAAGAUACGGCGGCUGUCUUGGAGGUGGCCCUGAAGGUGAUCAUCUCCCUUCUCGCUGGCCUCAAGAACAAGUCAGGAACUUUGGUCGUGCUGCAGUUCGAGCAGGGGACGAGCCUCUUCGAGAAGACCGCCAAAGAUGACUUAGCCAUCUUCUGGAGGUUUACCUCCGAGCUGAGCAUCCUCAUCGCCAAGGAGCGGUCCAUCUCCGGCCUGGUGCUGGUGCGGGAGGCACGGUACGACCAGCAGUGUGUCAAAGAUGCCGCUGCAGCCGGGACAUUGCUCACCCUCAAGGGCCUGAACGAAGAGCACAUCCUUGAGUACAUGGCAAACUACCUGGGCAUCCCGGAGGAAGCCGUGCCACCACCGCUCAGACGUUUUGUCUCGCAGGUGACAAUGGGCAAUCCACUGUACAUCCGUGAAACUUUGGACCAGCUUAGCGAGGAGAACGUGCUCAAGGUGAAAGCUGGUACCUCAGCGACCUUGAUCGGGGCGCUCGAGAAGAUAGACAUCUCCGCCUGGAACCACACAGCCAUGGUGGGCGGCACAGUCUGCAACAUCGAGUCCCUGGAUCCCAUCGAGAUGGCGGCGCUGAAGAUGUCCACCUGCUUCGAAGGGCCAUUCACGCUCCCAGAUUUGGCAGCAAGCAACUGCUCCCAGUGGGGCGGGUCGACGCACUUUGACUUGCUGCGCUUGUUUAGAGCGACCAGGAAGCUGGUCUCCAGAGGCUUCAUAGACAAGGUGCCGCCGCCGAGGGAGAGCCCCCGAAGUGCCGGCAGCGAUAACAACUUUGGGGACACGGAGUACUUCUUUAUGCAAAGUGCUCUCAUCCGCACGGUUGGCGCAUCCAUGGUGCUCGAGGCGCAGCGGAAGUCAGUCAAGCGAAACGCUUUGAUCGACAGAGUCCUAAAGCAGGACCUGCCGGAGCGAAUGACGGAGCUCGCGGCCAAGAAGUCAGUGCAGCACAUCCCGUGGUACUACGAACGAGCUCUCAGACGAAUGUUGCCUUAG